AUGGCUUCUCUCCGUAAAAUAUAUUUUGGAAUAGUAGUAGUGUUAGCUUGCUUGGCGAUCUUCUCUGUUUCGAUUUUUGCAUUAUCUGUUCGAAAUGGACUGACAACUUUGGACAAGCAAAAUAUUCAAAGUCUAAUCGGUGAUUUAAAUUCAAAGCAAAGCAAGAAGGAUUUAUUCUUUGCUGCUUCAUCACUCUCAAAGAUUGGAAAGGAAGUACCAACAAUUCAAUCCAAAUGCGUCCAAUCACUCACUACUGUGGAUAAUCCAAACGAUUUAUAUUUUACAAUUGCUGCAAAUGUUGCCUUGAAAUGUGCACCAUUGUCAGCUGAAUCUUACGGACUCGUACAGAGUGCUCUUGCCAAGUUCAUUGAUGGAGCCACUGAAAAUACUAUUUCAGCUGAAACUAUUUACUCCAUCACUAGAAUAUUACUUUUGACCAAGAGCAAGAUUAACACAAAGGACGUAAAGACUUCGAAACUAUCUGACAUUAUCACUAAGCAACUUUCUUCUCUUUUGAAACAAGAUUGUUCUGGGGAUUGUGUUAAAUCUGUAGGCUUUCUUCUCGAAUCAGCAGCCAUCUUGCAAGGCAUUGAAAAGAGUGACCUGUCUGCUCUCAACAAUGCCAUUGACAAUAUUUCUUCUGUUGUAAAGAAGGCUGUCUCUUCAACAAGCGUUGAGGUUGCUGCUGUAUUCUCAAGAGGAUUGAAUAAGAUUGCCGGAGUUGUCGCUGGACUAGACAAGAAAAUCUCUGAAAACGACAUUUCCGCUCUCAUCGAGUCACUUGUAAGCAAGAAAGAAUCAGCAAAAUCUUUGAAUGACAUCUAUCAUCUAGUAGAGGGUUUACAAUCAUUUGCUGGAAAGGGAAUUUAUGAAACUGUUGUCGUUUCUGAAUUGAAAGACGAAAAGGGAGUAUACUCAAUCUCAGCUUCUAAUUUGUUAGGAUCACCUUUGAAUGAAAAAGUUACAUUGCAAAGUGUUUACAAAGGAAGUAAUUCUGACGACUCUAUUUUGCCAAAGGGACCUGUUAAAUUGGAAUCAUCUAAUGGAGUUGAUUUUCAAAUGAAGAACAUCAAAUUGACCGACACUGGAUCAUAUAAUUUUGACAUCUCUGUUGGAAAAACUACCGUCACUCGUACUUUAAAGACCGCUGCAGUGGAUUUGAAGAUUAGAGACUUCCAACUUGAUAUUGGAAAAUUAACUCGCUCUCAAAUUUCUUAUCCAAAUCCUGUUCCAGAAAAACUAGUAGUGGAUGUGGAUUCAAACACAAGAAUUCGUGUUAGUUUCUCAUUGGCUGGAGUAACCCCACACCAAGUUUUCCUUCGAGUUGGAAAUGAUGUCAAUGAAGCAAUUUUCAACAUUAAGCAACAAUAUCAAGCAAGUUAUGGAUUGGAUCUUGCAUUGGAGAGAGUUAUUGGAGGAGCUUUGAAAUUGCAAUCAGGCGAUUAUCAAAUUCAAAUCAUUAUUGGUGAUGCCACAUUGAAUACACCAAUUCUUUGGACGGUUGCAACUACAUCUCUUAAUUUCUCAAAGCAAUAUGAGAAAUCUGAAGAAGAGGCUUUAUAUGAAGUUAAGCCAGUAAUUACACACAUUUUCAGGCCACCAGAAAAGAGAGCAGGAUCUGAAAUUGCUUCUUUAUUUUCACUCAUUGUUCUAGUGCCGCUUGCUUUGUACUUGAUUGGCACUUUGGCUGUUGGCUUCAACUUUAGAGGAUGUCCUGGAGGUUUAUCUGGUUUAUUGGCUCCUGUUUUAGUUGCUUUACUUGCUGCAACUAUUGGAAUUUUGGUCAUGUACUUUAUCUCGUGGAACAUCUUUGAAACUUUGAAAUAUUUGGGUAUUGUGGGUAUUGCUAUGCUGCUUGUUGGAUCCAAAGUUUUGCGAGGAGUUGCUCAAAAGAGAACCGCUCAAUAA